GAUCUGUAAAGUGCUGCCUGCUGCUGCGCUGCAAAAAGGGUUCAGCUGAAGUCCAGAACGUGUCGGCGCAUUCGGGCCGAUACCGCUGCCGCUCCGCUUCCCCACACACACGUCGUGUCUUGAUGUUGGGGCAUCGUUUCUCACUCACACCUCUACUCCGCCACCACUGCACACUGAUCACAUCGUCGUACCUGCGUACCUCCAACAACCCCACUACGAGCUCGCACGACAGCCUCCUCACCUUGCACCACCCUUCAUCCACUUCUCCCACCUACAACCACCUUUGCCGCCGUCAGCACGAUGGCUGCAUAAACGCCCCAGGUCACGCGAUGGCCUCUCCCAACCCUCCUUCACAUCUUUGAAUUCCCCGCACAACCUCCACCAUGCGCAAAGGGCGGCUCGAGAACCGUGAGCUCGAGGCCGUCAUGGCCCGGACGCGUCGCAGAGCAGCUUCGUCCAUCUUGUCUUCGGUGGCAAGCAGCGUCGUCUCAUCCGCCGCCUCGACCCCAUGGUCCUCUCGCGCCCCAUCGAGAGCGUCUUCACCUACCCGCAAAGGCGUCUUUCCCUUCUGGGCCCUCCCCGCCGAGAUUCGAUUAAGGAUUUACGAAAUGGUUAUGCUCAGCGGUGAGACGAUUGAUCUCCACCCUGUAAACCAUCGCCUGCUAUACCCUCGCCUUGGGCUCUUCCUCGUCUCUCGAAAGAUGUACGAGGAAGCGUACCCAGUCUUCUACCGUCAGCAGACCUUCCGCCUCUACCCCUACCACGGCCGCUUCUUCCACACCGACCGCCCCCUCCUCGCCCGCCUCCCCUCCCACUACCGCAACCUCAUCACAACGCUCGAGCUCCGCCUCGGCCCAGGCUGGGGCGCGCCUCCCAAAGGCCAGAAUACCGACCCCUCCCUCGGCCUGCGCGACUGCACCUCCCUGCGCACCCUCCGCAUCUUCAUCGAGAUUGAUCCCAGCGAUACCAUCUUCGCCGGGUUUCGCGGCCGCAAUGCCACCGAAGAGACGUACAAGCAUUUUUGCGUGGCUUUGCUGCUGGGUAUCAUGGCGCAAGCUCCUUCGCUGGAGAUUGUGGAGAUUGAUGCCUACCCGGGCGUGAAGAAGGAUGCGCCGAUGGUCAUAGCGUUGAAGCGCAGGGUGGAGGAGCACGGGAAGAAGUUGAUCUGGGGUCCGCUGAGGGGGUGGGAAAAAGAGGAGGAUGAGCCGGGUUUGAUUGGAUUGGAAAAGGCAUUGGCGAGCAUGGGCAUUUCGGAUGUGCCUGCGACGGCGAGUAGGUUGGUGGAGGCGAUGGCGUGAGUGCUUUCACUGUUGGCGGAUGAAAAGUUGGAAUCUUUCCCGGGGUAUCUCAGCUACUUAGUAUCUAUCACGCGCUUACGAACUCGACGAUCCA